AUGGCAAGUAACGUAAACAUGUUCUCUUUCUUGCCAGAAUCUCUUCUUAUUGUUAUUGUUUCAUUCCUUCCCUUCAAAGAAGCGGCAAGAACAUGCACUCUCUCCAAACGGUGGUUGAAGAUAUGGCAAUCAACGAGGAACAUAGAGUUCAAUGAACUCUUCUUUGUGAAACUUGGUGAAUCUGAUGAAACCAAAGAGGGACAGAGAAGGGUUUUUCUCGACUUCAUCACACACUUCAUCGCAAACUACAAAGACAAGUUUGUGGACAAGUUCUCUCUCAAGGUUUCACACCCUCGAAGUUGUGAUGACAGCAUAAAACGUUGUGUUGCCUUUGCUACGCAUCGGGGGGUGAGAGAGUUGAGACUUGAUUUCUCUGAUCCAUCAUGGGAAGAGAAUGAUUUUCAAAAUCGUGAUGCUUUGUUUCAGUUGCCAAAUCAUGUUUAUAAGCACGAAUCACUUGAGACUUUAAAGAUGUAUUCAUGCGGUUUUGCUAUGCCUGAUUUGCUUAACUUUAAGGCCCUCAAGAAUGUUUCUUUGGGUUGGAUUGAAGUGAACAUUUCCACUCUUAAGACUCUUUUGUCCACAUGUAAGAAAAUUGAAAACUUGAGUUUGAAGAAAUGUUGGAAUCUUGUGCACUUCGAUAUGGGUGAGGAAGAACUUGGGUUGAGAAGGUUGGUCAUAGAUAAGUGCAACUUUGUUGGCGAUGAUUAUUUCGUUUUCAGGGCACCAAAUCUUACGUUCCUUAAAUAUUCUGGGCUAAUGGGAGUUUUUGAAAUAGAUGUACGCCCCUAUGUUAUGGAAGAAGCAGAUAUUGACUUCGCCUUAAUGCCCCACUUUGAAGAAUGUGGCGAUUUACUUUGUAAACUACUGCAUGAUCUUAGCUCUGUUAGGGUCCUAACAGUUUGUAGUUUCUUACUUCAGGCUAUUCCUUCUGGGGAAGAACCCGUGCGCAUCCAAUGUGAUAUGAAUGUGAGACAUUUGAUUAUGAAAACACAAAUGCAUCAUUUUGAACUAUGCGGAUUCAUGUUUCUUCUCAACAGUUGUGCUUUGUUGGAGAAGCUCACGUUAGAGAUAGGCCAACGAAAAAUAUUUCGUGAUUAUAAACUUCCGUAUCGCGUUAGCCUCAGGAGGUUCUGGGAACAAGAUCUCAUAGUUUUUGAAUGCUUGAGAAGAACUCUAAAGGUAGUGGAGGUGAAGGGAUUCAGAGGGAUGCUGAAUGAAAUUCAAGCGUGCAGCUAUUUGAUUCAAGCUGGUAGUGUUUUAGAACAGGUCACUAUCAAUGUACUCAAAGAUGAGAGUGAUGGUUCUGAAAGAGUGGAAAAGCGCUAUGCAAAUGCAAAAUAUUUGCUCACUGUUCCAAAGGCUUCGGAAAACUUGCAGAUAUUGAUUGCAUGA